CCGCCCCGGGAAGGCGAAGGGGAAGCGGGGGGGCGCGGGGGUGGGGGAGCAGCGAUCGCGGCCAUGGCGGUGCUGGGCUACUGGGACAUCCGCGGCCUCGCUCACGCCAUCCGCCUGCUGCUGGAGCACACCGAGACGCCCUACGAGGACAAGCUGUACAGCUGCGGGGAAGCCCCCGACUACGACAAGAGCCAAUGGAUCAACGAGAAGGAGAAGCUGGGGCUGGACUUCCCCAACCUCCCUUACUUCAUCGAUGGCAGCACCAAGCUGACGCAGAGCAACGCCAUCCUGCGCUACAUCGCCCGCAAGCACAACAUGUGCGGGGAGACGGAGGAGGAGAAGCUGCGCGUGGACAUGCUGGAGAACCAGGUGGUGGAUUUCCGCAUGAGCCUGAUCGUGGUCUGCUACAGCCCCGACUUUGUGAGUGCCCCCCCGGGGGCUGCAGGGUGGGGGGGGUCAUUUCGGGGACCCCACGCGGGGGUGUCCCCGGGCGGCGGGAGCCACGGCCGCCUCCUUGCCCUCGCAGGAGAAGCUGAAGCUGGGGUACCUGGAGCAGCUGCCGGGGAAGCUGAAGCUCUUCUCCAACUUCCUCGGGGACCGCAAGUGGUUUGCGGGGGACAAGCUCACUUUCGUGGACUUCCUCAUGUUCGACGUGCUGGAGCAGAACAGCAUCUUCGAGCCCAAGUGCCUGGAGCCCUACAAGAACCUCAAGGACUUCAUGGACCGCUUUGGGGCCCUGGAGAAGGUCGCUGCCUACAUGAAGUCCAGCCGCUUCCAGAAGAUGCCCAUCAACGACAAGAUGGCCAAGUGGGGCAACAAGAAGGAGUAGGGGUGGGGGGCCUUGCCCACCCCCUAGUGGGGCUGGGGGUCUCCGUGGGUGUGAGGACCCCAAACACAAUAAAUUGUGGAGAUCCAGCACCCUGAGUC